AUGGAUCUCGGCGCACUGCCCUUCGAGAUCCGUAAGAAGAUCCUCAACUCCCUCGACAACCGCAGAGACGUCUUCCGCAUCUGCUCGCAGUCCCCCGAGAUGCUCAGGGCCGCCAAGCCUCUCCGCAAGCAGUACCUUGAGGCCGAGCUUGGCGCCGGCGUCGUCACCGCCGUAUUCCCCGACGCCAUGGCCGUCAUCACGUUCCCUCGCGUAGACCGCGCGACCCCCGAAAAGACGCAGAGAACGCUGAUGAGGCACCACCUCGAGAAGUGGCGCCACAAGGACCUCGUCGAGAACUGCACCGAGGCCCAGAAGAGAGCCGCCGCGUGCUUCAUCGAUAAGACCGUCAUCCCGUUCGUCGAGGACUUCGCGGACAAGGCGAAGAAUCUCAACGGGAAGAAUGACCAGGUGUGUUUCCCCUGGUGGGUCAACAAGGACCGUCGCAAGGAGGUCGCCAUCCUCCCCGACUAUGUCUUCGACUACCGUCCCGAGGAGCGCGUUCGCCUCAUCAGGGCCUUCUGCCGUUUCCAGCUCCUCAGCAAGGUGAUCCAAGCCCGUCCCGGUCCCCAGCUCUGGUCGAUGAGGCAGCAGGAGGAACUCCUCAAGACGUUUUUCGAUGCCUGGGAGGUCGAGGAGGUCCUCAGCGUUCAGCAAUACGUCGGCGAUCUCCACACCCUCCUCUGGAUGAAGCAUCUUAACUACAUGGCCGUGGCCAUCACACGCGCGAGCGAGGACUUCUGCAUGAACUUCCACACUCCCGGCUGGAAUAAGGCCCGCAACAGGAACUCUUGGUUCGUACUGAUGUACGAUCCCGCCCAUCCCCAGACGGCCGGCCACAUCCGCAGCCUCUUCCACAUGGAGAAGAGAGGCUUCCAAAACAAGCCCGUCCGCAAGCUCGAGUUCGUCGACGUCUGGACGCAGUCCACUUUCCUGAAACACCUCGCUACCUUCGGUCUGGACUUCCUCCACUCGAUGCUCAUGAAGGACGAGGGCUCCUACAAGCACUGGAUCCGCGUCCACGGCGACGCCAUCCUCGCGAAGAUCGCGGACCCCGCGGAGGCAGCGCACUUCGGCGCCGAUGCCGAUUGGCUCUGGAUCGGGGACGUUGGUGAUGAGAACAACAGCAACACCAUGAACAACGACGAUAUCAUCAACAACAACAGCGAUGACGGAGACGAGAACGACGAUCCUCCCACCAACCUCGGCCGCAACCCGGGCGUCCGCGAGGGCGAGGCCAACCUCGCGUGGAAGCUCCUCAAGAACGCCAGCCAGACGAGCCGCUACGGCUUCCGGCGCUGCGGCUGGGUCUUUUGGGACGAGGAACGUCUUCGGAAGCUGAAGUUCUGGGACCCGGAGCGCGACGUCGACGCGGAGAACCUCCCCAAGGACCUCGCAUGGGCCGCAAAGAGUGAAUGCGACUGCAUGAGAGGCGGCUCCGGCAUGUAUGGCUCCAUGAGUCCCGCGGAGAAGAAGCUCUACCGCCUGGCGCAGGAGAAGAGCGAGAUGGUGAAGGCCAUCGGGGCCGAGGUAUUCGAGGACGAGUUUUUCGAGGACGAGAUCGAGGAGGCCGAGUACCACCCUUUGAGCUUCUUGCACUGCUCGCAGAUGCUGCCUGUGGAUUGGUCUCUCAUUACUGGACCUGCUGAGCCCGUCGCUGCUACCGAGCCUAUCUGGCUGUUUCAGGGUAUUCUUUGGGGUUGA